AUGUACGUCAGGACACUCGCCUUCGGUAUUGUAGGAGUUUUUAUUCUAUUACUAAUAAACACAGAAGCAGAUUUGGAGAAUGUCCAUCCCUUAAGGAACGGAAAAUUCUUCCCAUUUUUUGGAGUUGGAUUGGUGAGGUUCGAGAAUGGACUCUGUGGAGGGAACAGCACAUUAGAAGGUACCUGCUACACCAGAAGACAAUGCGCCCUGGCUGACGGUGUAGGUACCGUCCGAUGUGCAAGUGGUAUAGGCAUAUGCUGCAUCAUUCAAAGGACGUGUGGGGAGACCUCUUCGCUAAAUAAUACAUAUUUUGUUAGCCCAGGAUUCCCAACUGCUUACACAAACACCUCCAUCUGUACCUUCACUAUCAGUAGGUGUAACUCUGAUAUUUGUCAAGUCAGAAUAGAUUUUCUCUCAUUCAAUUUGGCCCAGCCGAACGACAACGGUAGCUGCGUUACAGACGCCUUGAUUAUCACUGGCGGUGCUUCCAAUGUGCCCGUUUUGUGUGGGGAAAACAGCGGUCAACAUAUUUAUGUGGACUUCAAUGAUGCCAAUAAUAUCAUCCUUACUAUCAGUACAAGUACAUCGAGUAUUGCCUCGAGAGCUUGGAACAUCAAAAUCGCACAGAUUGCCUGCAAUUGUCCCAACAGAGCUCCUUCUGGUUGUACCCAAUAUUACACCGAAUUAUCAGCAACAGUAAACAGCUUUAACUAUGGAUCAGCUGGAAGUCAAUUGGGCACCAGGCAAUUAGUGAAUGAAAACUACGGAGUGUGUGUGGCGAUGCUGGCGGGAUAUUGUGGUAUCCAGUGGUCGCAGUCUGGUGGUGCUUAUUCCUUCACAGUUACCAAUAACACUUAUACCAACGUGGGAACUGGUACUAUAGGUACCGACGCAGCUGCGAUUUUAGGAUCGAAUUGUACAACAGAUUUUGUUGUAAUUCCUGCACCCAUAUAUAUUAAUGACACGCUGGUAAACACGGACAGAUUCUGUGGAAAUGGUUUUCCAACCCUCAUAAGUUAUUCCAAACCAUUUGUGUUAACGGUGGUAACAAAUACGAAUGAAAUAAACGAUACAGGAAACAGAGGAUUUUCUUUAACUUAUACGCAGAUACCAUGUUCUGGUGCUGCUUUAUUAGGAUAA